AUAUAAUGAUUAUGAAAUUACUCGUAGAUAUUACUUUAUUUAAUCCUGAAGUGAGAAAAUGGAUACUCGUGGCCGGAAUAUUCAAUAGUAUUAAAAAAAUGUCACAACUUGUUAUUAUUAUACUAUAUAUCGAGAAUGUAGGAUUAGAUACGUUAUUAAUAUCGACACUAUUUACAAGCAUUACAAGUUUAUUAUUCAGUAUUAUCUAUGAAAUAUACGAACAUAUAUCAUCUGAUUCAGAAGUAUCCCAUAUUCCUUAG